CAGGCAUAAAGCACAAACACUGUAUUUACCACAACCUAUAUGCAUACGCCUACUGUUUCACUCUCUUCCGUGUGCUGCUAGGGUUAUCGUCCCCGCAUUCCAGAAGCAGAGCCUCAGCCGGAGCCGAAAAUGGUGAAGAGCCGCCAAGGAGAGAAUGUCAGGCUCUAUGUUCGAGGAACUAUUCUCGGAUACAAGAGGUCCAAGUCGAACCAGUACCCAAACACGUCUCUGAUACAGAUCGAGGGCGUGAACACCAAGGAGGAGGUAAAUUGGUACUGUGGUAAGCGUAUGGCCUAUGUAUACAAGGCUAAGGUUAAGAAGAAUGGUACCCACUAUCGCUGCAUUUGGGGCAAAGUCACUAGGCCGCACGGUAACAGUGGUGUUGUUCGUGCCAAGUUCAAGUCUAACCUCCCUCCCAGAUCUAUGGGAGACAGGGUUAGAGUCUUCAUGUAUCCCAGCAACACAUAAGGGGAGUAUCAAAGCUCAAAACACAACACUAAACCAAACAAGCCCGCAGGUACGCAAUGCCACACUGGACAUGCUGAAGCCAAAAGCAGAGAUCUUGAGGAGUCUACACCAAUUCAUGAACGUCCACUGAAAAAUUUGAAGCAAGGAAGUCAGCACUAAAGUUUGCUUUCUUCCACACGUUAUCCACCUUCACCGCAGAAAGCAAAGUUCUCACACUGCCAGGAGGAUCUGUAGAACUUUAGAUCGACUCCACUACAGUUUGACCAUCACAGUCAACCCACAAGUUUUCAACAUUUAACCUUCUGGUUAAAAGCAGUCCCCUGGAGGGAGCCCUUAUCUCUGCCAUGCACUGAACACCUCCCCCAGUUGGUCACCAAACCUCCUACGCAAUUCCCACAAGAGUCUCUGAUUAAACCUUCACCGUAGGCAUUUUUAUUAGUCUGCACAGCUCCAUAACUGUUCACCUUAAAGCAUCUACCAGAAAGGGGAUUCCACAGCUCCAUAACUGUUCACCUUAAAGCAUCUACCAGAAAGGGGAUUCCACGAAACCCAAACCCCUUGCCCGCAAGGACUCAUGCCCAUCUGAUAACUAACUUGCUCAAGCUGAUUAUUCAUUCUUUGAUUGAAGUUAGUGUUUUCUAAUUAUGUUGCGAAUUUUCCUGAUCAUUUAAAGAAAGAAAGUAAAUAUGGGGGUGGGUAUAAGAAUCCAAACGGAAAAAUUAGAAAAAAAAAAAAAAAAAAAAAGGUGGUUUCACGUGUUUGUCAAGUAGGGUCUUGAGGUUAUUAUUAUUAUUUUUUAUUUUUUUUUGAUAAAGAGGUACUUGUGUGUUGCUAGCAAACAGGAGAAAGACGCCGUUAGGGUUAGUGACAAUUCAGUUCCAAAAGUUUACUGAAAUUUAAAGAUUAGUCUACAUAUUUAUAAAA